UUGUCAUACUGCUGUAGUGCGGAGUUUCCUUGAUGACGCAGAAUAUAGCGAAGACCCACCAUUGGUUUAAUACCGCCUACUCCGGCCAAAGCGCGUAAUAGGACGUUGUUUUGACGUCAGAUAAAUUAGGUUUUUGUGCUGUUGAUCGUUCAGGAAACGAAACGGGCACGACAUCUUAAAACAUAGCUAUGUUGUAUUUGACUCUUGGUGGGGUGCGGGGUGACAUUCAGGAAUAUACUUUUGUUUUUUCAACGAAUUACGUUUUAUUAUGCCGGUUCAAUUCUUUCUGGCGCACGUGUUCCAUGUUGGAUUAAUGAGGACAUAGGGGCUUUCUAUUUUCCGAUGGUCCCUGAACUGUCCGUUCUCUGUUGUAACGUCGUACUGUCCUGAUGAAUGGCUUUUCAGUUUGAUCAAAGCUUUUCCGCUCACGAGACGUUAUUUUGACGUGAACUCAAAAUCGCGGUAACAUCGAAUGAUAUUUAUGACUGGAUGAUGUCAGCCUAACGCCACAAACGUUUCCUGGUGUUAAUAUAAUAGCACAAGGUUAUGUUAGUCGGCUAGUUAGCUAGCUACCUAGCCAGAUAGCUACUAGCAUUUUCGUAAUUGUUUGGUUAUCCAUGGUUUAAUUUGAUCUAUUGGUUAAAUAAAUACAAAUAUUUUUAGACAAAAAAUUUAAAGUACCUUUGCAAAAUGGACCUUAAUUUUUAUUCUGGACUUCCCGACGGUUGUGCUCAAAAUGUUGAUUCUGAGUUUUUGGGCAACCAAACAUAUGGUGGAUACACCGAAGGAAAUAAGUUUUCAGAGGGCAGCGAUAGUUAUCUAACUAUAGGUGGUGGCGCUCAUCACUUUUUGUCCUCUGAGCAGACUUUCCACACACCCAGCCUCGGAGAUGAGGUUUUUGAGAUUCCCCCUAUCUCACUCGACCCAGAUACGUCCCUAGGUAUUGCUGAAGCAGUGUCUCACUUUGAGAUGUCAAAUGGGUCAGGUGGCACCGUGGGACCUUCGGGUUCUCGUAACCUGGUUAACAACUUGGUGGUGCAAGCUAAUGAUCCGUCUUUUGCAUCCGCUUUUGUGAAUAACGGCUCCCAAGGCCUGGAGCAUCUGAACAUGGGGGCCAUGGCUCAGGCAAAUGGAGGAGCCCUUCUCAGUUCCUCAUCAUUGGAGCUGGGUAACAGCGGCGGCUCCCAUUUUGGCAGCUCAUCCCCAAUGACUAUCGAUGUUCAACUCGCCGAUAUUGCUCAUGGGCUAUUAGGAAGCGGUCAGCUGUCUACCAUUAACCAGACGGAGUUGGCACUGGGUCUCGGAGGAGAUUGCAUGGGACCUCCCGCUGCGACCUCGGAACUGUCGCUGUCGGCGACACCUUCCCCGGGUGGCUCCUUACAAGAUGAGGACAUGGAUGACUUUAAGCGGAGUGUGCUGGUCGACUCCCCCAUGUCUCUGCCCUCACCCUCGGUCCUCUCCCAUCCAGCUGUCCAGUCUUCUGUCUCCCUCACAACUUCCAAAAGGGCCUCGGGGACACCACCCCCAUCAGCGACGGCCACCAAAACAGGCCGGCCGAAGAAAGAUCCCAACGAGCCGCAAAAGCCAGUUUCUGCGUAUGCUCUUUUUUUCCGAGACACCCAGGCAGCCAUCAAGGGCCAGAAUCCAAAUGCUUCUUUUGGAGAGGUGUCCAAAAUUGUGGCUUCCAUGUGGGACAGCCUGGCCGAGGAGCAGAAACAGGUGUACAAGAAAAAGACUGAUGCUGCCAAAAAGGAGUAUUUAAAAGCUCUGGCAGCUUAUCGAGCCAGUCAACUCUCACAGUCCGCCUGCGAGGUGGUUGCGGCCGCACCUUCGCCACCUCCGCCUGAUGUCAGCCAAGCUCCUGCAGCUGCCCCGCCUGUUAGUCACCAGGUUGUCCGUCCGGCAAUUAAUGUCGAAGAAAACACCAUCACCAACAUCUGUGCCUCCAACAUCAUUCUGGAUAUCCCAGAGAGGGCAACUCGUUCCCGCACGGGUGCAACUAAAACAGCGGCGGCCCCAGCAGCAGCCCCUGUAGCCGCCCCAGCAGCAGCAGCCCCCGCCGCUGCAGUCCCACCUCCCCAGACCAUCACCAAGAUCCUAAUCCCCAAACACAUGCUUCAGACUGGGGGGCGGAUUGUCACCCUGCUGCCCGGUGGCCUCCACACCUUGCAGCCCACCUUCGUGGUGUCCAGCUCCCCUCGCCAGCCGCCACCCCUGCAGCAGAUGCAGAACGCGCCCCCACCGCCGCCACUCCAACAAAUGGCGCCGGCGCCGCCGCGCUUACUCCAGGCCAAGCCUCGGGAGGGAGGAAGCGCCACGGGACUCCCCGUGACCAUCACGGCCGCCCCGCCGCCGCCGCUUCAGAUCAAAAUAGUUCCCGCCUCUUUGCAGAGAAAAGACGCGCAGCCCAUUAUCAUCUCCACCGCGGCUGCGGCGGCGCCGACGGUUUCGGCAUCCGCGCUUGCGGCAGGAGUGCAGGUGGUGAAUUCUGCCGGGUCGGCUGGCCAGCAUGACGACGAGGUCGUCUCGGAGGUGCUGCCUUCAGAAGAGGAUGAGAUGGAGGUGAGCGAGCCAUGCGAGGGUUCGGCUGUGCCGUGUGUGUGCGUGAGGUCCGGCUGCACAAACCCAGCAGUAGAGAGCGAGGAUUGGGACAAAGAAUAUUGCAGUAAUGAGUGCGUGGCCUCUCACUGCAGUGAUAUUUUCAAAGCAUGGUGCUCCAUCAGAAACCAGACCAUGGGAACGGUGAAAUAAAUGGCAGCCCUGCAAGAUGAUCAACUAUUGUUGUACUGCGACUCGAACAUUGUUACUGUUAAAGCCUGGCAUUUUUUUUUUCGGUCUUUAUACUCGUAAAUAGGAAUACGGCCUAUAGUCAGGCACCGGGAUUUCUUGGAAGCAUCCAAUGUUGUUCAGUAGAAGUUUUUGUGUUACUUUAAUAAUGUCUUGAAAAGCAAUUGUAAAGUCUCGCUCCCAAGAUGCGAAAACAUUUUGCUAUCAGAAGGUGAUGAAAGUUACUCGUGUUUUACUCGGCAGUGUCAUUUGGUUGCCCGCUUACUGACAAUGUGAACGGUUGGCAGUUUGUGUCCGUGCCCUGCGAUUGAUUGACUGGCGGUCAUUCACAGGGCGUUGUCCUCCUCUUGCCUGAAGUCAGCCGCGAUAGGCUGGAAGCAGUAUCGAAGAUGGAGUUUAUUGAAGAAAUUACCCCUCGGUCUUUUUUUUUUUAGGUCUGUUCUGUCCGUAAGGCAACAGAUGGUGUAGUUGUUUAGCUGGAAAUGCCUCCCCCUGAAUAAGGAAGUUUCGCUGUGCUCUUACUACAGUCCGACAUUCGGUGCCAAUUAUUGCCAGCCGUACAUUUUUUACAAUCAAGAAGCUGCCACAAUAUAAAUACAAAUGGAAACCAUGUUUUGAACAAGGACGUUUGCUUCAAAGUUUGAUAAAUGUGACAAGUACCGGCUGUCGUGCCGUAGUUUGGACUUCGUAUAGCCACAUAAGAGCAGGAUGUUCGAAAAUGGCUCAAAGUGGAAAGAGGAGCUGUGAAAGCAGACGUGUUCUAUUCAUGCUGCUUUUACAGGUCCAUGUAGUCAAAUGUACAGGAAACAUGAAAAUAAAGAAUCUUGAACUCA